CGCUUUUCCUUCCCACACACACUUCUUCCACAUCUUCUAAAUACUCUCCUUUCUUCUACUAACUUUAUUGAUACAACUCUUUUACUAUUCAAUUCUUCUAGCUAGUUCUGGUUUUGUUGCUCACAAAAUUUUUAAAUUUUAAUUCUUAAUUAUUUAAGAUAACAUAACAUACAUAAAUAAGUUCCAAAUUUUAUUUUUCUUGUAUUUAUCACAACAUGGAUGCAAGGUGCCCAGUAAGAACACUGGAACUCACGGUCCAAUCAGUAGAAGGACUCCGACUGGACCGCAAGCCCGCCACCACGAAAAAUAAUCUCUUCGUGGUGGUUAGGGCAGAGUCCAUAAACAGCUACACUACAUGCAUGGCGAAAGAAGAUGAUACAAACAACAACCUUACGUGGAAUCACAAAUUGGAUGUCGAUGUUCCGUUGCAUGCAAGUUCCAUAACGUUGGAGGUGAAGUCCAAGACAUUGAAGGGUGUCAAAGACGUUGGAAUUGCAAGGGUUGCGGUUUCGGAAUUCAUGGGUGGUUUUGGUAGUGUUCCACAACAUUGCUUGCAGUUUUUGAGCUAUAGGUUGAGGGAUUGGGAAGGAAGGCGCAAUGGUGUGCUUAAUUUCUCCGUUAGGGUGGUGAAUUCACCGGAAUAUUUGACGGCGGCAGCAGGGAAAGUAGUGAGUCCUUGUGGGUUUAAACUGCGAGGGACUGCUAUCGAGGCAACGACUUCUUUUUCUUAUUAUGGUGGUGGUGUUGUUGUUGGAGUUCCUAUUGGGUGGAACAGCUAUGGUAGCAGCAGCUAUAAUAAUGUUUGAAAUUUUGCAAACUUAGCUUCUUUUUUUCCUUUUCGGAUUCGCAUAAUUGUUGGUGCCAAACACUUCGGAUAUUUAUUAUAUAUUUCUAAUUUUACGAUUAAAAUGUAUGAUAUGUCAUUUUUUUAUUGUUAUUGGAAUCAUAUUUUUUUUUUCUAAAAUUAAGAAAUUUUUAUUUUUUUUUA